UUGAUCUACUUGCUGCCAAAACAAACGCACCUUGUCGCAACCACCGUCGGCGACUAUGGCAUCUCCCUCGACGUCGUCGACCUAAGGACCGCGGAGAUCCAGCGUGCCCCGCCGGGCCCCUACCCGGGAACGAUCGAAGCCUCCUGCGACGGCCUCUUCAUUGUCGGCAGGCACAUCGGCAACCCCACGACGCGCCAGUGGGCGCCUCUGCCCCGGCAUGUCAACAAUCUUGUCGGCCUCUUCCGGCACCAGCCUUCUGGGGAGUACCGCGUGCUCUACUGGAGGACAGUCUUCGACGCACCUUUGCCUCUUGAUCUUUCCGACAUGGUGACGCUCUGUCCAAUCGAGUACUUCAUCCUCGCCGUUGGCUCCGAUAAGCCGAGGCCGGUCAAGUGCUCGCUAACACCUGCGUAACAUGAGCUGGUAGGCGGCAUGGG